GUAUAGCACGUGGCUGUCGUGCAAUUUGUGACAGUUGUCCUUGAAUGGUGGCGUUACAAAUGACAAACACUCAGUAAACACCGCAAUGUCUGCCUCAAAGACUACGGCAGGAAAGGCGAUAGAUAUUUUAAGAAACCUUCCUCGGGUGAACUUGGCGAACCUGAGGCCGAACCCCGGCGCUAGGAAACGUGAGAAGCGACGGGGAAGAGGUUUGCACGGAGGAUGCAAAAGUGGCCGCGGCCACAAAGGAGAGAGACAGCGGGGAAACCGGCCACGCCUGGGCUUCGAGGGGGGCCAGACCCCCUUUUACAUUGUCAUUCCAAAAUAUGGAUAUAAUGAAGGUCACAGUCGGAGGCCUCAGUACCAACCCUUGAGUCUCAAAAGGCUGCAGUAUUUAAUAGACCUGGGCAGGUUGGACACGUCUCAGCCUAUUGACCUUACGCAGUUAGUGAAUGGUCGGGGGGUGACUGUGCAGCCCCUAAAGCGAGAUUAUGGGGUUCAAUUGGUGGACGAGGGUUCCGACAUAUUUGCAGCAAAAAUCAACAUCGAGGUUCAAAUGGCUACCGAGGGCGCCAUCGCUGCCAUAGAGAGAAAUGGUGGAGUCAUUACAACAAGUUUUUAUGAUCCUCGAAGUCUUGCCAUCCUGUGUAAGCCUGUCCCGUUCUUCAUGAUGGGCCAGCCCAUCCCGAAGCGCAUGCUUCCCGGAGAAGACAUGGUCAAAUACUACACAGAUGCCAGGAAUCGUGGCUACCUGGCAGACCUAGAGGAAGUUCAACGAGCUCGGUUGGAAUUGGCACAGAAGUACGGUUAUAUUCUGCCGGACAUUUCCCAAGACGAGCUGUUUCAGAUGCUCGCGAUGAGGAAGGACCGGCGACAGAUAUUUUUCGGCCUCUCACCGGGCUGGGUGGUCAACAUGGUGGAAAAGAAGAUUCUGAAACCAACAGAUGAGAAGCUGCUCCAGUAUUAUGCUUCUUAAAAAGCUAGCUAGACAUAUUGUAUAAAAAUGUUGUAUAGCAUUGUAAACAAUAAAAUGUUUGAAACCUCAACAUAGUUAAGUAUUUAUGCUUUUCUCCAAAGCAGCUUAAAAUGGUUAACACUUUUGUAUAGCUGCAUACUUUUUACUGUCAAUUCAGGUAAAGGAUGUGCAUUGAGAGAAGGGAUUUUAACCUGGGUAUUUUGAUUGUAAAGCCAAAGUUCUGACCACUACUCCACCUGUUGCCCCUCUGUGCUUUGUAUCAAUC